AUGGAUUUCGUCAACUCUUCCUCGGUCAGACUCGAUCUCCCACCAUUGAGGACCUUCAGGGUCCCUCGCAAUCCAACAAUACGCAUCCCACUCGAAAUCAGAAAAAUACCACUAGGGAAGAUCUUUUAUCCCUGGAAAGCCAAUCCUGCUAUCUUCGAUUUGUCGAUGAGCGCCAACUUUGUUUUCACAUUUGCUGCAGUGUAUGUCACUUCGGUCUUGCUCUUAAAUCGAUUCAAUGCUGGGCGAAACUAUAAACCAUGGAGUAUCAGCCGUACUUUUGUGUACAGGCAAAUGAUGACUCUCCAUAAUGCCGCUCUUGCGUUGUUCUCUGCAUGGUCUCUCUGUGGCAUGCUUUAUACUGUCUAUUACCACUGGCUUUUGGCAAGGCCAGAACUAGGGACUGCCUCUUCUCUACAUUUGGUAGAGUUCCUUUGCCGAUUUGAUCAGAGAGAAUAUCGAAUUUUGAAGCCUCGGAUGGACGGUUCUAGAGAUGGGGUCAUCUAUAUAUACUGGAUCUUCUAUUUAAGCAAGUUCUAUGAGGUGGUGGAUACUUUCAUAAUUCUUUCGCGCGGAAAGAAAAGCUCAACUUUGCAAACAUUUCAUCACGCUGGUGUUAUAUUGAUUGGAUGGGUUGGCUUGAGAUACGAAUCUCCAAUGGCUCCUCCUGGGGCCACUUUGAAUGCGUUCGUGCAUACACUGAUGUACUCAUACUUCACUCUACAAACACUUGGAAUAUCCGUUUCCAAGCCGUUAAAACGUGCUUUGACCAUCAUUCAAAUUGUCCAAUUUAUAGUCGGCCUGCUUUUUUCCUCUUUCUAUCUUUUUGUCACCUACAAAGCCCCUGCCAGUAUGAAUGAAGGGGUCUUUCCAGCUGGUGCCCCCUCCGAAUCUGUAUCGGUAUUUUCCCAGACCCAGGGACACCAAUAUCGUCGAAAUGAUAAUUCAACAAUGAUUCGGUGUCUGGGCGAUGGGGAGGCAUUUCCUCUGGUUGUGGCUGGCUCUUAUCUUUUAGUUUUGAUAUAUCUCUUUGUGAGGUUCUAUAUUAAAGCUUAUACCGUACAGCCGGGCAAGGUGAGGCCAUGA